GAGGAAUGUUGGGCUGACAUGGACAAAUAGACGCUCAAAGUAAAAUUUCUUUCUCCAAUGGGACUGUUUGUUUUCACGUUUCAUCCCUUAUUUAAAAUAUACUCCGUGUUUUUAAUUGACCUAUUUUUCUAUUACUCACGUAACUUCAUCCCUGCAGCUCCUUAAAAAAUACUCCUUCCAUUCUUCUCCAGUUCGGUAGCCUUCUUCUCCAAUCCGGUAAUAUAACAAUAAUGUCUUCUUCAUCACAAUCAGAAUGUGACUAUGAUAGCUCAUCUUCUGAAAAUGAUACCCUUCCAUUGAUGAAAAAAUUACUUGAUGAAGCAUCUGAAGAGGAUAGUAGAUUGAACAUUUCUGGUGCUUUAGUUCAUACCACUGCUAUUCAUGUUCCUAUGAUAGUCUCAGCAAUGCUAUGCAAAAAGCGUGCUCAUGGGGGUUCAACAAGUCGCAGGCGCUAUAUUCAUAGAGAUAGAAAGGAACGUCAUAGUUUUAUCAUUAAUGAUUAUUUCAAAGGUGAGCACUCUAAGUAUACUGCAGAUCAUUUUCGACGUCGAUUUCGAAUGGAUGUGAAUCUAUUUAUGCGUAUUUUGGAAGAAAUUACAAAAUAUGAUAGUUACUUCACAUCAAAAUGUGACGCCACUGGAAAAGAAGGAUUAAGUCCUUUACAUAAAAUGAUAGCAGCGGUGCGGAUGCUUGCUUAUGGAUGUGUAGCUGAUCUCUUGGAUGAAUAUAUCCAAAUUGGGGAAAGCACUGCAAUCGAAAGCCUUAAACAUUUUUGUGAUGCUGUGAUAGGUGUUUUUGAGAAACAAUAUUUGAGGAAGCCAAAUAAAGAUGAUACUUUGACACUUCUUCAAGAAGCGGAAGACUGAGGUUUUCCUGGUAUGCUUGGGAGCCUUGAUUGCAUGCAUUGGCAUUGGAUGAGCGAGAAAGAUCUUGAAAAUUGAAUCCAUAUCCAUAGGGUGAAUGAACAUGAGGAGGAAAUGGAGGAUUCAUCAUGAAAUUAGGAUGAUAACCUGGGCUUGAUGGAUUAAACUGGUUAGGUUGAGACAUUGAGGUUAGGUGUAAAUGCAGAGCAUUGCCAUAAAGAGGAUUGAGUUCAACCACUCCAGUAUCAUUUCCCGGCUGAGCUGUGGUAGAAAAUGGAUGCGAUGUAGAGUCCAUCUGUAUACAAAAAUAAUGGAAAUAUAAGAAUAGAAAUUCAAUGAGAUAUUCAUAGAAGAAAGCGGAUGCGAUCUAGAGUUAUCUGCAUACAAAACUAAUGGAAUUAUACAGAUUUAAAUUCAAUGAAAUAGCACCUUAAAAGGUAGGUGACCAUAUCAUCCCACUAGUAUAAUGUAAAAAAUAUAUAAGUAUCUCAACAAUGUCACCACAAAUGCACAAUUAUGAUCAAACUUUUCCUUCCCAACUUUCAAUAAGUCAAGAAUUGAUGCAAAUGCAAUUACUUGAUUUCCAGGAAGAUAAUUUCAACAUAAUAACAUAUUUAGUGAUUAAAAAUAACUAACUUUUUUUUUAUUUCUGAAAUUUUCUAAAGUGCAUAAAAUGAUUAGAGAAUAGGGUAAAAGUUCAAACUACGCAUGUAGAACUAAUUGAUAUUCACAUGGGUUCAAGCUUAUGGAUAUAUAUGCUGUUUUUUUUUUUCAACCAAAGUAUAUCAAAAUUGACAUGCCAUUGUGUUCCUAACAUGGUAAAACACGAAAAUUGUUUGAGUGUGAUGAUAAAAGUGAUUAACAUAUUAGGCUAGGGAAAAUUUCCCAAAACACAAACGAUGUAAUUGAUUGAAGACUGGGAAAUUUUGGACUACAUAGAUCAAACGAGGAAUCCAUGUAAAUUAUCAACUCAAAUCAUCAUGAAGUAAAUUACCUGUAGUUGUCG